AUGAAUAACCGUGGAGGCCCAAUUGCCGGUAGCUCAACGGAACCAGGUACCGAAGACCGACGGGUGGGCGUCAAAGGCCGCGUCCAAACCGGCCCCGGUGUGUUUCCAAGCAUAUCUCAAGGGACUCCAGUCAUUGGGGACCACGUUCUCGUCACAGGACGCCUGCACAAAGGGCGACGUGCCGGAUGCAAGGUGACGGCGGCGCAAUCCCAGCAGUUGGGCGUGGCUGCAGACGCCCAGCGACAAGGGGCCCGCAUCCCGACCAUCACCAUGCUGGGGAACAGAUUGAAGCUGAUCGGGGGCCACCAGACCGCAGGACCAUCUGAGAUGCCCACGAUAUGCGGGGAGAUUGGCCAGGAGGCGGCAGGGCGGAGAAUGGUAAGAUGGCAUCGAAGAGGCGACGAGGACGUCAGAUGCGCUGCUAUUGGAAAUGCCGCGAUUACCCGUGUCGUCAGGUGA